UAUCUGUCAAUCUAAACGUUAAAAGAUUUUCCCAAUUGAAUUAUAUUUUAUAUGAUAUUCGUACUAUUUUAAUAUUAGAUUAAUGGCCUUUUAGGUUAUGUUACAAUAGUAUAACGGGAUAUAACAGAAAGAAACAAUCUGUCAAAAUGCUUCGUAGUUAUGAAGGCCUCCGAUUUCUUUCGGACAAGCAAAUGGUGAUAUUUGAUAUUGGUAGCGCAUACACAAAAUUUGGUUACGCGGGCGAACCUACUCCACGCGGUAUAAUAAGAACGGAAAUUAAGUGUCCAGAAACUAGAGAACUCCGCAGAAUUUACGAUUACAAAGAUACGGAGGAUUUGUAUCAAUUACUCGUCGAAUUCCUUCAUGCCUUAUUCUUUAGGCACGUCGUAAUAAGUCCAAAGGAUGCAAGGAUUGUAAUUUUGGAAUCCUUAUUAGCUCCGACACAAUUUAGGAACACAUUGGUUAAAGUAUUAUUUAGGCACUUUGAAAUCGGAUCAUUGAUGUUAUUACCUACUCAUUUAGCAACUAUCAGCACCCUGGGUAUCAAUUCAGCUUUAGUUUUGGACGUUGGAUAUAAGGAAGCUACAUUAAUUCCUAUUUAUGAGGGUGAGCCAGUUCUAAAGGCAUGGCAGGCUCUUCCUUUGGCUGGUCAAGUUGUACACGAGCAUAUAGCCAAAUUUCUAAAGGAGAUAUAUCCUAAUGUAAAUAUCACAGAGAAGCAUGUAGAAGAUAUAAAAGUAAGAACGUGUUUUGUUACUACUAUGGAAAGAUCAUCUAAAUUAGGAACAGCACAUGCUCCUAAGCCUCCUCCAGCAGUUAAAUACCCUGGUAUUAAAAGUAUUAAUAUACCUGGUGAAGUUAGAGAAAAGGCAUUUGAAGUAUUAUGGGAAAGGGAUAAUGAUAAUCUCAGUAUACCUACAAUGAUUCUAGAUGCUAUUAUUCAGUGUCCAAUAGACAUUAGACGAACUUUAGCAGAAAACAUACUUUUAAUUGGUGGCACAACAAUGGCAAAAGGCUUUGCAAGUCGUCUUAAAUCCGAACUUUUAACACUUGUAAAAAGUAAUCUUUAUUCAGAAAAGUUGAAAAUUCAAACAUUUAUGUUUCAUACUGCACCCAGUAAACCAAAUUACACAGCAUGGCUAGGCGGUGCUAUAUAUGGAACCGUAGAUUUGCCACUGAGAUGUCUGACAAAAGAGAAUUAUUUGAAAUUUGAUAGAGUUCCAGAUUGGGUCAGUUUGAUAGAUAAUCAGAGAGACGAAUCAUCCGUCUGCGAAACCUAAUACAUUGCCUAAAUCAAUAAAGUGAUAUCUUUUCUGUAACAAAAAGAGCGUAUUUUAAUGAUUAUAUUUAUAUAUGUAUAUAAAAUAUAAACAACUUUAUUUAUUCCUUAUUUCUUACUUAUCAUAUUAAUAUCUAUCAAAUCUACAAACAUCAUUGUAAUUAACGAUAAAAUAAAACGAUAAAAAUUUGAAAAUUUAAAA